AUGUGCACCACCAGUGCUUUCGACCUGGAGGAGAUCCCCCUGGACGAUGAUGACGCAAACAGCAUCGAAUUCCAAAUCCUGGAGUUCUACGCCAAACACCAUGUCUUCAAGAGCACGUCUGCUGUCUUCUCACCAAAGCUGCAGAGGACCAGGAGUCUGUCCCAGAAAGGACUGGGGAACUGGUCAGCAAACGAGUCGUGGACACAGGUGCCAUGGCCUUGCAGAAGUUCCCGAUCUAGUGAGAAGGCUAUAAGCCUCACCAAGAAAAAGUCCUCUUGGAGAUCCCUCUUUGGAGUAGCAGAGAAAGAUGAAGAUUCAGAGAGCUUGCCUACGAAAAUCCAGGCUCAGGAUAUAAAGCGAUUGGAGUAUGAGGGUGGUCGUCAACAAUGUUCCAGGUCCCUUUCCAACCAGGGACCGACCUUAGAGACCCAAGCUGUAGACACCAAAGUUGCUUCCAUUGCCAACCGAGUGGCUGAAAUUGUUAACUCCUGGCCACCUCCUGAAGAGCACAGCCAGGAAGGGAGCAUCAAGCGUCAAGUGGGGACCCUCCUCUUUGUCUCGGAGGGCCUGAACUCUCAGCCUCAAGCUGCAAAUGCGAAGAAAGACGGAGAAGACCAAAUCAUAGCCAAGAUCGUUGAGCUGCUGAAAUACUCAGGGGAUCAGAUGGAAAGAGAGCUGAAGAAAGACAAGACUUUGAUGAGCAGCUUCCAGGAGGGACUGUCCUACACUUUUUUCAAGACCAUCACGGACCAGUUCCUAAGGGAAGUAGAUACCAGAGGAGAAUCAGAGGUCAAAGCUCGAGGCUUUAAGGCUGCUCUGGCCAUUGAUGUCGCCGCCAAACUCAAUGCCAUUGACAACCACCCCAUGAACAAGGUGCUAGGCUUCGGAGCCAAGUACCUGAGAGAGAACUUCUCGCCGUGGGUGCAGCAGCACGGUGGAUGGGAAAAGGUACUUGGGAUAUCCCCUGAAGAAGUAGACUGA